AUGAGUCAAGCAACUACAAGAUUAGGGCAAUUGACACAAUUAUCGUGCAAGGUAUUUUCGAAUGUGUAUAACCCUAGCUGUGCACGUACUGGUAACAAGGUGCUUCGUCAACGUUUGAUCGGGUCUUCUUUGACCAGUUAUAAUCCUCAAAAGCUUGUGCAUUUCAGAGACAUUCAAGCUUUGUAUCCUCAACUUGGACUUGUUGAUUUGGACGAAAAAGAACGACUUGAUGAGAUUGCCAGAAGAAAGAGAAGAGGAAAGGGUGCACCAAAGAAGGGUCAAGGCAAGCGUGCUUCCAACAAAAAGAAAUAA